GGCGCCACUAUCUUCUUGGAAAUGAGUCAGAGCAAAGGGGAGGGGGCUCAGACCACUGCCUCCCCUGGCAGGCCCUAUAAAAGCGACUGUCACUGGGUCCCAGACACCAGAGCAAGCUCAAGACCCAGCAGUGGGACAGCGGACAGACAGCACGAUGGCAUUGAGCUCCCAGAUCUGGGCCGUCUGCCUCUUCCUCCUCCUCCUUCUCGCCAACCUGACCAGUGGCUUCGUUUUCCCACAACAGACAGGACAACUCACCGAGCUUCAACCCCAGGACAGAGCUGGAGCCAGGGCCAGCUGGAUGCCCAUGAUCCAGAGGCGAAGGAGGCGAGACACCCACUUCCCCAUCUGCAUUUUCUGCUGCGGCUGCUGUCGUCAAUCAAAAUGUGGGAUGUGCUGCAAGACGUAGAACCUUCCUGCCCUGCCCCCGUCUCCUCCCUUCCUUAUUUAUUCCUGCUGCCCCAGAACACUGGGAAUAAAAUGGCUGGUUCUUUUGUUUUCCAAA